UCAUCAUCAUCAUCAUCAUCAUCACAGCAGAAUUGUUCACUGGUGUGUUCAGUGGUGAAUGUGGGUGAUGUGACUCUCUCCUGGUACAAAGGAAACAGUUUAUUGUCCAGCAUCAGUGUGUCUGAUCUCAGCAUCAGUCUCUCUCUACCUCUGGAGAUUGAGCGUGUGGAUGAUUCCUACAGCUGUGUUGUGGCUUAUUCAUUCACCAACCAGACCACACAUCUCAACACUGAACUCUGUCACACAUGUUCAGGUGAUGCAGAUGCAAUGACAUCAGUGAUAAAGGGAGAUUCAGUCACUCUACACACUCAACAGAAAAUGAUGGGUAAUGAUGUGAUUCAGUGGUGGUUUGGAAAUAAAACCAAUUUAAUUGCUGUAAUCAAUGUAACAAACAACGGAGCCACUGUAAAUCAUAAUUAUGAUGAGAAAUUCAGGGACAGACUGACGGUGUAUACUCAAAGUGGUUGUCUAAACAUCAAAAACAUUGAAACUGAACAUGCUGGAAAUUAUGGAGUACAGAGCAACCGUAUGAGUAAAAACUUCACUGUCAUUGUCAGAGCUCGUCUGCCUGUUCCUGUGAUCAGCAGUAACUCUUCAAACAGUUCAUCAUCAUUAUCAUCAUCAUCAUCAUCAUCAUAUUGUUCAUUGUUGUGUUCAGUGGUGAAUGUGAGUGAUGUGACUCUCUCCUGGUACAAAGGAAACAGUUUAUUGUUCAGCAUCAAUGCGUCUGAUCUCAGCAUCAGUCUCUCUCUACCUCUGGAGAUUGAGUGUCUGGAUGAUUCCUACAGCUGUGUUGUGGCUUAUUCAUUCACCAACCAGACAACACAUCUCAACACUGAACUCUGUCACACAUGUUCAGACUCUGUCCACUGUUGUGGUUCUACUGAAGCUGUGAUCCGAUUGGUCCUCUCUGCUUUGGUGGGCGUGGCUACUGUCAUUCUUCUGGUUUAUGACAUCAGAUCCAGAAGAAUUAAACAAGAUCGAGCACAUAUUCACACAUCAGAAACCUAAUGUCAUUUCUUUUUUUUACAUUUAUUUUUCAUGGUUUUAUAUUGUCAUCUGCUUGUAUUGAUGCAGCUAAAAAUUGCUUUGUUCACAUUAGAUUAAGCACAUAUUUACACAUCAGGUACAUGACUGAUGAUGUCAUUUUAUAUAUAUAUAUAUAUAUAUAUAUAUAUAACUGUUUAGUUUAUUAUUUAUUAACCUUCAUUUUUUGUAAUGGUUUUGUAUGUUCACAUACUGGUAUAUGUUCAUUUUAGGUGGCUCAUUUCCACUCUAGAAGAUGAUUUGAGAACAAACAGUAAUGUAUUCUCUCAUUAACGGUUUAAAAUAAAUGUGAGUGCUUUUCAUAAAUAAUAAUGGUGAUUACAGAAUAUUGCAUUGCUUACGCUAGAUUAGUUAAUAUAACAUGCUUUCCUUUUUAAUGUUUUUUUUCCCUUUUUUUUUCUUUUACAAUAUAAUCUUUCAUAUUUGAUUGAAGACUUUUUAAAAUCUCCUUAAUCACACUUAAAAGUAGUGUAUUGUUGUUUAUUAUUAUUGUAGAGAUCAUACUCUACUGAAGCUCUUAUACUGGCUGAAUAUUUUCUCAGAUAAAACACAGAUCCCACUUUACUACUAGUGCUGUA